AUGUUGAAAAUGCUGGAACAGGCCAACGAUGUCAGUCACAACACCCAGGAAGAAAACUGGACUUUAUUGCAGGGGCUGGCUGUCCUCUACUCAUAUCCUAGAGUUUCCGCAGUAUCAGUGCAGGGCCCGGAGAGGAAGCUAAGUCUGUGGGCCGUGAAGUCCGCAGUGGAGACAUGUGCCAUGCAGUUGUCAUUGCACCACUCCGUUGAAGAUCUUCAGGUGUAUCUACAGUCUCCCGGGCCUGAAAUAUUGGCAUCCCUUCCAUACCGCCGCUCGUUCUACUGGAUUUGGCUCUUCGUGAAAUCUCGUCACCACUCUGUCAUUACUAGAACGCCUCCGACAAUACGUAAUGACUCGACUAUCUCCGCGAUACUGGAAAUUAUGCCCCAUUUUGAUUCCCAACCAGGAGUAAGGAGGGUUCUGGCAGAGGCUGCCUUACAUCAUCAGUGGGACAAGGCCGCUCGUCCAGACACUGACUUGGCCGAGUGGUGGUGCGUACCUCGCUGCACCAAGGAUAUCGGAGCAUUGUCAGAGCUACUUGAUAAUGCGGAUAACUUAUUGCAAGAAUGGGGCGCUAUCUGGCUCCAGCCUUAUGAUUUAAGUGUGCCCAGCUCACAUGGUUCUAGUCUCGAGGACCCGUUGGUUUUCGCUAACAGCAUCACUGCAUUCAUGGGCGUUCUGACACGCUUCAGUAUUGUUUCCUUUGCCGCACCCAUUGUCUCGCAUCAGCUGAUGGCAAAGACUGGUCUUGCCACUUUCCCACCAUCGACCGCACAUUCGCCCGAGCUUUCCGCUUUUCUGAACUGUGUGUUAAAGUCCGCAGAUGCGGCUAGCAAAUGCUGUGACGCUAUUAUUGAACUCAAACCCGCAUCCAGGGAUGCCUUGCGAUAUAUGCCCGACUACGGCUUUACAAUGAUCGCUUUAUGCUGUCUCCAUCUAGUAUAUGCAUAUAACAUGUGUCCAGAUAAUUCAACCUUGAGAAGCCACCUUUCAAAGGUGGAGCAAGUAGCUGAACUCAUGAUCGACUUGAGCUUCGGAUGCAAUAUAUGUCCAAAGGUCUAUGGAGAAAACAUUCUAUCGAAACUAAGGGCCGCAACUCGGAGCUCGGUUCAAUCAACCGACAAUGUUGAUCAAUCUCAUAGCAUGGCCACCUCUCCUAUAGGCCCUACCGUGGGCCUCCCAGGCCCUCAUGCUUGGUCACAGGUGGGAUCUGUGGCUGGCUUUGAUUACCCUAUGGACUCCUUAUUCCGUGUCAGUUCAUCAAAUGCUGAUUGGCCACCAACCGAGCUCAGCUCUGACAUCUUAUUACAAUCGAACUCUGGACUCGUUGAUCUCUUCAAUACGUAUCCGGAAUCUGUACUAUAUUCAAAUACAAGCUCGCUAUGA